GAGCAGACGGCUGUACGAGUAACUACAUUUGUAGCACCGGCUCGCACUGGGCUGUGGACACCAUAGGUGCAAAGCUCCACACUUCUUCUCUCCACCAGUGCCCUGUCGCUGGAACAGGGACCCGUGGCCCUCUUCAGUGAAUUUUUUUUCAGACUGGAGAGAGAGAAACCUGGUGAAACUGACAGUUAACAAGCAGACUGUAGGAGCAGACGACCGACAUAACCGCAAAUAUGGAGGGAGCAGGAUCGCUGGUACACGGACCUCUGAGGCCUAUUCCAGUCCACUGUCAGAGAUCUGUCCCCAGCAUUCUUGACCCGCUGCUCUACUCCUUUCCUCUACCCGUGGGACUCGACUUGAGAAUGCCAUGGAAACCGUUGCUUUUUGGAAGAGCGGACAAGUCCCUGAGCAUGACGUCACCCGAGGGGCAUCCGUUUACUGGCUGCUUCUCGCUUUACGAACAGCUGCGCCAUCACCAGGCGAUGCUGAGGGAAGAAAGGUUAGCAGCUACCCUGCCCAAAACCUCAUCCGCCACGGUACCCGUCAUUACCCCGGCUUGUCCUGUGACGUCACCACUUCCAGCAGCGUCUGCGUCUGGGACUUUGCCGAGCGUGUUUGUGCUGAAUCCACCCAGGUCGUCGCCUCCCACGAAUGCGACAGCGGCGGCCGUAGGAGAGGAUAGAGGAGUGAGUGGUGGUGGUGGUGUGGUGGGGUGUACCCGGCACUGGAGUUUCGCACCCGUUGAUGUCGCCGCUGUUGCCAGUUGAUGCUGGUCAGGGGCCAGGAAUCUCACCGUACGGCCGCAAGCUCUUUCCCUGCCCGCAGUGCCGCUACACCACGGACAGGCGCAACAACCUCAAGCGGCACAUGCUGACGAUGCACCAGGUGUCCGGCAAGCUGCUGGAGUGCUGCGGCGUCCUCUUCCAGACCAAGGCGUCGCUGCGCGAGCACGCGCUCAUCUUCCAUUACCACGGCUACACGUGCUUCUACUGCGGCCGCCGCUUCUGCCGCAAGGCGUUGCUCAAGCGCCACCUGUCGGUGCACAACGGCCAGAAGGAGUUCCUGUGUUCCGUCUGCGACUACGCCACCAGCCACAAGAGCAACCUGGAGCGCCACCGCCGAGUGCACGUGCGGCAAGAAGACGACCGUGAAGGCGGUGACGUCACUGGACACAGUGACGAGGGCGACGGACGCUUUGUGGAUGACGUCAAGUCCAACGUUAGCGAUGACGUUAAAUCGACGUCGAGUGAGGCCACGUGGCACGAGGACGACAGCAGUGACGUAGUGUCUGUGUGUUCGGAGGACGAUGAGGAGAUUAACGUUCACAGCGAUUAAAAAGAUGGCAGCUCGCACGCUGCUGAUGCACGUUGACUAAACCAUGCAACAAACGCUAGUAGGAUGGGGGCGGGGCAGAUAUCCUGCUUGUUGAUUGGUCCGUUCUCAAGAACAAAGAUGAAUUUAUUAUCUUUUUGUCUCGUCUGUCUUUAUUUAAGUAGACAGAAAUCAAUUGGCGGCAACAGCUGCGCGUGCGGACGGGCUCGAGCUGAAGCUAUUCACAGAAAUCGGGUUUCGAUAAACUCUCGUAAAAACUUUUACGUUGUUACUGUCUGGGUGGCGAACCUGUUCAGCUGCACUUUGGUGAAAGACUAUCGAUAGCUUGUCAUGUUUGUUGUCAGCAGCACAAACACGACUUAACGGACGACAAUCAUGUAGCACGUGACGAGUUUGUGUACAGAGGGGGGUGAUGGUCACUUAAAAUGUUUUGCCACUGGUGACCUCGCGUCAGUUGUGAGGUCAGCCUUCUGUUUCGGACUUUAUCGACACAAGUAGCAUUGUAGUCUCUGCAUGAACACUUAUCGAGGGCUGCACCGUGCUUUGCUCUUUGUGGUUCUGUCUGUGUAUUCUGUUUGUGUCCAUGUUUGUAUCUUUAUCACUCGCGCACCCCUUGGACCGGAAGUGAUUCCGGUUCCUCGUAGACCUCAAAGGUCAAAAGAUCGUGGCAUCCCUGGGGGAUGAUGGGGUUGAUUUAUUAUACCUACCGCUUCAGUUCGGGCAAUGGGACCUAUAAUAGCUGUGGACUGCAGGUUAGCAAACCUCGGGGGUAAACGGAUCAGAAGCACAUCAACGGAGGGGAAGGCGAGGCAGAUAUUGUCUCACCAUGGCAACAGUCCCAGUACCUUGUGUAGUCGGUAAACAUGUGUACAAAAAUAGCUCCACUAGAAUGUUAUUUCAGUGAGGAGUCUGUCGUUGACUGUAUCCUGUGGCUGACUACACCCUGUCGCCAUGUGGAUGUGCCUUGUUCGUCCUCACACUGUGCGAUGAUCUGACGAUUUGCUGAUUUUAUUGUGUAAACAUUUUCUUCAACAAGUCGGCAUGGUUGGUAUCAUUCUUUUAGAUGUUUGUACAAACAAAAUAAUGCUCUAAAGGCGACAGGAUAGAACUGCUCUGAGCGCUUCAAGAUAAUCUCGUUGAACUAGGGAGGUCACGUGACGUGCAUGUUUGUGAGUGUGAAAUGGGGAGUACGACAGGGGGAGGGGCGAGGGACAAGAAUCGUAUCAUCAUGUUGUCUUGGAGCAAUGCUGACAUGCUCGAACAUGUGGGGUGCUGGGGUUGGAGAUGGUACGUGGUGCCGCUCAACCGGUUGGGUGAGAUGAGAGCCUCGUUUUGAUUGGCUGCCAAAAGGUUGUUAUGCGUCACCAUGCCUUGUGCGUCUCGACGGUCGGUCUUUUGAAAAAAACACGUUUUCUGGUAAAUUAUUCACGUGUUUUCACAUUCGAGAACGAUGUUUACACACGCCUGGCUUAGCCGAAGGCAUUACUGCUAAAAAUACAAUCAUGCAUUUAAAUAAUUAAAGUAAUUUAUUGACAAAGAGAA